GACACGAGUCAUCACUUGCAGGGCCCAGACCUGGGUGACUCUAUAAAAGGAGCUCAAGGUCCAGGUGUAAAAGUGCACUGUCUGCCAUCCCUGGGCUGAUACAAUCACCAAGCGACCAAGAGGAGAUGAAGGUGCUGCCUGCCUCUGGCCUGGCUGUCCUUGUCACGGCUUUAAAGUUUGCCACUGCAGCCCCCCUAUUUGCAGCCACCCCUAGGACCUCCAGGAGCAACUACCACCUUGCACAGGCAUAUCUUGACAAGUAUUAUACAAAGAAAGGAGGCCCCCAGGCUGGUGAGAUGGUGGCAAGAGAAAGCAAUCCCAUGAUCAGGAAGAUUAAGGAGCUACAAACUUUCUUUGGCCUCCAAGUCACUGGGAAGUUGGACCGGAAGACAAUGGAUGUGAUCAAGAGGCCUCGCUGUGGAGUCCCUGAUGUGGCUAACUACCGCCUCUUCCCAGGUGAACCCAAAUGGAAAAAAAAUAUUCUGACAUACAGAGUCUCCAAGUACACACCUUCCAUGAGUCCCAUGGAGGUGGACAAGGCGGUAGGGAUGGCCCUGCACGCCUGGAGUACGGCCGUCCCUCUGAGCUUCGUUAGAAUAAACUCGGGGGAAGCGGAUAUCAUGAUAUCUUUUGAAACCGGAGACCAUGGGGAUUCCUACCCAUUUGAUGGGCCUCGAGGGACUCUGGCCCAUGCAUUUGCACCCGGAGAAGGCCUGGGAGGAGACACACAUUUCGACAAUGCUGAGAAGUGGACUAUGGGAAUGAAUGGGUUCAACUUAUUCACUGUCGCUGCUCAUGAAUUUGGCCAUGCUCUGGGCCUGGGCCAUUCUACAGACCCAUCGGCACUGAUGUACCCAACAUAUAAGUACCAGAACCCCUAUAGGUUUCAUCUCCCCAAGGAUGAUGUGAAAGGGAUACAAGCUUUAUACGGACCCCGGAAAACAUUCCCAGGAAAGCCCACCCUGCCCCAUAUCCCACAUAAGCCCUCUAUCCCCGACCUCUGUGACUCCAGCUCAUCCUUUGAUGCGGUGACGAUGUUGGGAAAGGAGCUUCUGUUCUUCAAGGAUAGGAUUUUCUGGAGAAGGCAAGUGCACUUGGCGGCAGGCAUCCGGCCUAGCACCAUCACUAGCUCCUUCCCCCAGCUCAUGUCCAACGUGGAUGCGGCUUACGAAGUGGCUGAACGGGGCAUUGCUUUCUUCUUCAAAGGCCCCCACUACUGGGUCACGCGAGGAUUCCAGAUGCAAGGGCCUCCUCGGACAAUUUAUGACUUCGGUUUCCCAAGGCACGUGCAGCGAAUCGAUGCUGCGGUCUACCUCAAGAAGCCUCAGAAGACCCUUUUCUUUGUGGGAGAGGAAUACUACAGCUAUGAUGAAAGAAAAAAGAAAAUGGAUAAAGACUACCCGAAAACCACUGAAGAGGAAUUUUCAGGAGUGAGCGGCCAAAUAGAUGCUGCUGUGGAGUUAAACGGCUACAUCUACUUCUUUUCAGGACCGAAAACGUUCAAGUAUGAUACAGAGAAGGAAGACGUGGUCAGUGUGGUAAAAUCCAGCUCCUGGGUUGGCUGCUAAAUUAUCAGGUCUGGUCUCUCCAAAGGGACAAAGACAGUUGUGAGAACU